UAGGUAAUCAGAGUCCCGUUUGCCCUGAAAGGAGCAGGUGCAUCUCAAAUCCUAGCCCCACUAUGUGCCGACCGCUGCCGUUUCUGAGGAUGUCCCUGGUGAUCCUGGUGUUCCUGGGGUUGGCAGAAGCCUGCAUUCCUCGGCAAGUCGUUAUUGAAGAAAAAAGUUUGCUGAGCCUGCAGGUGUUGAGUGAAGAAACAAAUGACUGCAAGGAAGAAGUGAAGCUCACCCCAGCCACCACCCCUUCCAAGAGACCGUUCCCAAGGAGGAACUCGUGGAACUUUUUGAAAUGUGCCUACAUGAUGAUGACCUUCUUCUUCACGUCCUACAACAAAGGAGACUGGUGUUACUGCCACUACUGCAACCAAGAACUGGAUAUCAGAAACGAUCCCUGCUGUUCUUUCUAGCGAGCCUGCUCCACCUCAGCUCAACUUUCCCAAGUCUUCCACCUCCCAGGUACUCUCUGUCCCAUGGCUUGCUGACGUGGAGGGAGUGGAAUGGGCCCUUUGAGGAACACCACUGCCUGCCCAGAGUCAUGGCAGGUGUCUGAGGGCUCAGAAAGCAGCUGAGCGUGCAUCUGCUCCAGAUACGUCUCUUCCAGACCACUGCCAACCGUUCUCCAGUGUUUCUAUAA